AUGUCGAACACAUGCGCGUCGUGCGACAAGAGAAUUUUAUCGGAACUCGCAGAAUGCCAGGAAUGUAAACAAAAGUUUCAUUUCGAAUGUUCAAUAAACGAAGUUGUGUAUCGUAAAAAACUAAAUUCUAAGCAACCGUGGAGGUGCGGAAGUUGCGUUUGUCGCCGUCAAAAUAAAAAAAGCGAACCUGAGGGAGUCGAAGAUAGCGGUGCCAUGACUUCAUUUUCUUCGAUAAAAAAUGAACUACUGUCAGAGAUUAAAAAGUUGCUGGCUCCUAUAAACGAUACUAUUACUGAACUUAAGAAAGACAUGGCUGAGAUGAGAAAUUUUACCGAGCAUGUGUCGGAUAAUUAUGACAGCUUUCUGGUCGAGUUAAAAAACAUUAAGUCCGAUAUGGCUAUUAUGAAAGAAAACUGCGACCGACUUAGUGGGCAGCUUUCUGAAAAAGAUAAGGAAAUAACUGUGCUGACUACUCAACUUAGUCAGCUGGAGCAGUAUGUCAGAAACAAAAACUUACUUAUUAAUGGCAUUCCUGAAGUGCAAGGUGAAGACUGCAAGAAUAUUGUCACGAGAGUCGCGGAGGAAUUGGGCAUUAAAUUGGAUCCAACUGAAAUUGACGUCGCCCAUCGCCUAAAAGGAAGCAAGAACGCCCCACCGCUUAUCAUUGCUCAAUUCGUUCGAAGAACUGUUCGGGAUACGCUUGCAUCAAAGAAAAAGUUAGUUGUAACGAAGUCUUUCCUACCAGGAUUGAAGAUUGGUGAUUCCAUAUUUAUUAAUGAACAUCUAACCGCUACUAACAGCAAAUUACUAAUGCUUACAAAAAAGGCAGCUCGGGAAAAUGGCUUCAAGUUCGUAUGGUGCAGGAACAGCAGGAUUAUGGUGAGGAAGAGUGAAGAUAAUCCGGCGAUUACAAUUGCAAGUGAGGCUGACAUCGAAAGGAAGAUUAGUCGGAACCAAUCUUGA